AUUUUUUAGUAUUUUCUUCGCCGCAGGCAAGCAGCGAUUUCGUCCCAGGAGAGGAGAGGAGAGGAGCGGGAGGGAAGACGCGGGGGACGAGCAUGAACUCUUCCCCCUGAAAUUUCCAAACUUCUGUUAAUCUUUCCGAGCUCCAAGGUCUUCUUCUUCAGUUGGUGUAACAUUAGUCCUUGAUAAUAAAGUUUCAAUCUUGCUCGGUUCCCAGAUUGGAGUGGUUCUGAGCUACGUUCUAUAAUCUUUACCCGUGGGGAUGGAAGAAUGUAAACCAUCCUCUGACGCAGAGGAAACUUUGGUGGAGAAUGGUUCUGCUUCGCCACGUGAAGAUAAGAUUCGUGGUACCUUCGAUUCUCAAAACAAGGGAACCACAAAUAUAAGUGAAGAAAUCCCAAUAUUGGAAGGAUCUGUUCCACUGGAGCAUGAGAAUUUUGUGCCUGAUUCUGGAAGUAAGAAAAAUGAAGACGAAAGUAAGGAAAAAGAGGAGGCUGAAGAGAAGAAGCACAUUGAAGUAAAUUCUGUAGAAAAAGAGACGGAUCAUGAAGAAUCAAAAGAAGUUGUGCUAGAUCGUGGAGAUAAAGGAAAUGAAGAUGACAGUGACAAAAAGGAGGUUGAUGAUGAGAAAAAGCACACUGAAGAAACUGCUGUGGCAAAAGAGAUGGAUAAUGAAGAAUCAAAAGAAGGUGAAAAGAUUGAGGCAUCAGAUACCAUGGAAGAAGAAAAUAAAAUAGAAGAAACAAAUGAAGAGAACAUGAUUGAGGCAACAAGUGCUGUGUCAAAAGAAAAUGAUUUGGAACAAACAAAAGAUGACAAAGAGACCAGGGACACAAAUGUUUCCACUGAGGAUGCGAAAACGGUUGAUGAAGAAGGUGAUAAAGGAGAGGAAGGUGAGACUACUGAUAUGGUGAAACCAAAUGAUAUAAAAGAGUUGAAAGAAGACAAGAUGACUGAUGCUGCUAGUAUUGUCAAAUCUGAGGAUGUGAAAGUGGCUGAUGUGGAAGGUGAUAAAGUGAUGCCGCUUGAGGAUGUGAAAAUGGUAGAAACACAGGUUGGCGAAAGUGAGGAAGGAAUAGAAGAGAAGGGAGUGGAACAAGAACCACAAGGAGGAGAAAAUGACACGGAUAGUGGAAAGAAUGGAAGUAUUGAAAAGAAGGACGAGGAUAAGAAAGUCGUAGGGUUUAAGAGGAAAAGAUCUCAGAUGCAAAAGACAAAGAGCAAGGGAGGUGACAGUAUGCAAAAAGCCAAGGAGUUACUAAAUAGUCCAAUCACUUCUUCUAUGGAACGCCCUGUGCGUGAAAGAAAAACUGUAGAGAGAUUGGUAGAAGUUAUUGAAAAAGAGAGAUCAAAGGAAUUUCAAGUUGAAAAGGGACGUGGCACUCCAUUGAAGGAUAUUCCAAGUGUGGCUCACAAAUUAGCUAGGAAGAAACCUGCAGAUAUUAAGUUGAUUCAUCAGACACUUUUUGGAAGGAGAGGAAAGGCAGUGAAUUUCAAAAACCAUAUUCUCCAGUUUUCUGGUUUUGUAUGGCAUGAAAGUGAUGAGAAGCAGAGGGCUAAAAUGAAGGAGAAACUUGACAAAUAUGUAAAAGACACAUUGCUGGAUCUAUGUGAUUUGUUUGAUUUACCUGCUUCUAAAGCCAACUCUAGAAAGGAAGAGCUUGUGGAAAAGCUAUUGGACUUCUUGGUUGCCCCUCAUCCUAACACUGAACAAUCGACAAAAUCAAGAAAACGCAAGAGACCAUCUAAGGGAAGUUUGUCAAAGGGAAGUGAAGAUAAUCAUUCAAAGAGGUCUAGGAAGAAACAGAUAAGAGAUGAGGCCUCUCUGAGUGAAGAAGAUAAAAGUGCACCAGAAACAGAUGAUGAGGAUGAUGUCAACACUGGCAGUCCUCAUAAAGGCAAAGCAGUUGAGCAUUCAGAGAGUGAGGAUGAGGAGGAUGCAGCUCAUGAAGUGUCUGAGGAAGAUGAACCUGAAAAAGAAGAUAUAGGAAAGGACAAUAAGGACAAGAAGAAAGUUCCUAGACAAAGGGAUUCUGUUGGCAAGGAAAAGGCUAGGAGUAGCUCUAAGCAGGAGCUAGCUCCUGCGACUACCAAGAGUUCUAAGGCAUCAUCUUCCAAACAUGCAAAACCGGAUAAUGAUGACAAUGGGGAUGUAAGUGAAAAGGUUUCCUCCAGGAAGAAGAAAAGGACUGAUUCACCCAAGGAAAAGACCAUUAGAUCAGCAAAGCAAGAGAAGGAUACUGGUAAAAAGGUUGGCAAAGAUAAAACAAAACAAGAGACUCAACAACCAGGCAAAGAGGAACUGAGAAAGAAAAUAUGUGAAAUUCUGAAGGAAGUUGACUUCAACACGGCUACUUUCACUGACAUUUUGAAACGGCUAGCUACUAACUAUAAAGCGGAUCUGACCCCGCGAAAAGCAUCUAUAAAGCUCAUGAUCCAGGAGGAGCUGACCAAACUAGCAGAAGCUGAAGAAGAUGACGAUGAUGAUGAAGACGAAGAACCAAACCCUGAGAACGUGCAGGUGAAGAAGCAAAAGGUUGCCUGAUUCAUGCCAAACUAGCAGAUACUGCCCGACCUGCCAGUUGGCCUUUUGAGCUCUUCUCAUGUAAUGUAACAUGUAUUUUAGGUGUCUAUCAAUGUUAUUAACCGGGUAGUUUACCUCUUUACUGACUGUAUUUAUUUAUUUGUAGCUGUAGGUGUUCUGUUUCUGAUAACCGUGACUCGGUUGCUACUACCUGGUUAUUGUUAUUGGGUUUUGGUUGUAAACUAGUAAAUGCCAGUGCUCACUACUUAUUAGAAUUGUAUGUACCAAGUUCAUUUAAUUUAUAACCUACUCAUGUUUUAGUCGA